AUGUCACUGCCGUCGCCUAAAAGUAGGCAUGCUCAUCAAGAUUCAUCUUAUCUCCAAAAACUAUGUCAACCUCAAGUAACAAUACGAGGCACCUUGGUUGGACUCUUCAUCGGUUCUAUAAUCUUAAUAUCCAACUUCCAAUUUGGCUUACAAACAGGUUGGGUCUCUAUGAUGUCCCUACCUGCCGCAUUACUUGGCUUCGCAUUAUUUAGAGCCAGUCCAUAUUUAUCGAAAAAUUUCACCGAUGUUGAAAAUGUAUAUAUCCAAAGUGUUGCCGUUGCAGUCGGAACUGGUCCAUUAUGUUAUGGAUUUAUUGGAAUUAUACCUGCUAUUGAAAAAUUCUUAACUGUGGAAGAAACCGGUAUGAAUAAGUUGAUUAAUUUUUCAUUGAAGGAAUUGAUGAUUUGGUCGUUGGGGUUAGGAAUGUUUGGAGUGUUUUUCGCUAUUCCGUUGAGAAAACAAGUUAUUGUGAAAGAAAAACUUCCAUUUCCUUCUGGAAGUGCUACUGCUACUUUAAUAUCCGUCUUGCAUGGAACCGAAAUGUUUGAUGAUUCUAAACCCGAAGAAAAUUCAACUGAUCCAAAAGAUGAAGAAGGAGAACCACAUCCUCUCGGAUACAAUGACGAUCAUCAUGAUAUUCACUGCCACAUCCAAUCACCUACACUCGUUCCGGUAACCCUGAUUGAAGAAUUAGAAGAAGAUUAUGAUUCAAAUAUGCAUUCAUUAAUAUCAACAUUCACAGUCUCAGCAACUUAUACAAUCCUUGCAUUCUUUUUCCCCAUCCUUAAGCAAAUCCCAAUAUUUGGAAACUAUCUUUCUAAAACCUAUCAAUGGAACUUCCAACCUUCACCAGCAUAUAUCGGACAAGGAAUAAUUAUGGGAUUACCAACAGUUUCAUAUAUGUUAUUCGGAACAAUUCUUGGUUGGGCCAUUCUUGCACCACUUUCGAAAUAUAAGGGGUGGGCACCUGGUGAAAUCAAUGAUUGGAUUAAUGGAGGACAAGGAUGGAUCUUAUGGAUUAGUUUAAGUGUCAUGAUUAGUGAUUCAUUGGUUUCAUUUGUGAUUAUAAGUUUUAAAUCCCUCCGAAAUGCCUAUCAAUUCAUCCAAAGCAAUAAUAACAACACCCCCAAUACUCCAUAUACCCAAAUCCUGUCAAUACGCUCACCACCAGUAGACCUCACAUUCGAAAUGAGACGCAGUGACUCCGACUACGGAACCAUCAACUACGAAAACCCCGCCGAACAACAAUCAGAUGUCGAAGAUGAAGACGAAGACAUCCCCCACAAAUACCUAAUCUCGACCAAAGCAGCCCUCCUCGGCCUCCUAAUCUCCACCAUCCUCUGCAUCACCUCCCUCCGUCUCAUCUUCCCCAGCGACCUAAUCCCCAUCCAAUACUCCCUAGUCGCCAUCCUCCUCGCCAUGAUCUUUGCGAUCCUAGCUGUUCGUGCACUUGGUGAAACUGAUCUUAAUCCAGUUCUGGGUAUUGGAAAACUCUCCCAACUCGUCUUUGGACUCAUUAUUCCUGCGUCCCACCCAGCAAGGAUCUUGAUUAAUUUAAUUGCUGGUGGGAUUGCAGAAGCCGGAGCCCAGCAGGCAGGGGACUUGAUGCAGGAUUUAAAGACUGGACAUAUGAUCGGGGCGAGUCCUAAGGCGCAAUUCCAGGCACAGAUUGUGGGGACUUUAUAUUCGGUAGUAUUGAGUUCUGUGAUGUAUAGGGUGUAUAAUUCGAUGUAUGAGAUCCCGGGGGAUGUGUUUAGGAUUCCAACUGCUGUAAUAUGGGUGGACUGUUCAAGGUUAGUCACGGGCCAAGGAUUGCCACCAAAAGCAUUUGAAUUUAGUUUGGCAUUUGGGGUCGUGUUUGGGGUGAUUUCAUUUUUGAAGAAUACGGUAGGGAUGGAAUCGAAAUUGCAUAAAUGGUUAGUAUUUUUACCUAGUGGUGUUGCAGUUGGGAUUGGGAUUUAUAAUAUUCCUAGUUUUACAAUUGCUAGAUUUAUUGGAGGGGUGAUUGCAUAUUGGUGGAUGCAUAGUAAGAGUGGUAAUAAGAUGUUAUCCAAUAAGCGUAAUAAUAAUAGAAUUGGUAUGAUUAUCUUUAGUAGUGGAUUGGUGUUGGGUGAAGGGUUAUUAAGUGGGUUCACUAUGUUAUUAACCAGUUUAGGAGUUGGUCAUUUCUAA